CAAUCUUCCCCUGAUCCAUUACCAGCGUCGCUUCUUCUUCUGCAUUAAACAUCCGAGCUGUGAAAUCAGCAAUCUUCCUGUCACUCUCUGAAAUCUCGUCAACCGGUGCUUCCGUCUGGACUUAGAAAGCUUACGCUUUCAGUAAUAAAACAUGGCUGGGACGCCGCGGGGACUAAAAGCGGGACUGUUCGGCUUGGCGACGAUGGCAGACGCAGGAGGCAGUGACCAUGCUUUGGGGGAACGUUUGGGAAAGUAUCUUGAUGCGCUGAUGAAGCAUUUGGCGAAGGUGGGCCUGACUUCCGGAGGUGCACCGUUACAGGAUUAUAAGGCGAUAGAUGAUGCAGCGCAGGCGCUGCGUGAGCAUUUGACAAAGGCAGCGAAGAUGACUACGCGAGAGGGAGUGAUAGCUGGCCAUACGCUAGAAUGUUUUCUAAGCCCUCAUGCGAGCUUUUACCUUGGAGUGAUGAAGAUUGAACCGCAUCAGAUGUACGAAUUAGACUCUGUAACACAGGCGCAUCGUGUAUGCGUCCCUCUGCUUCUACUUGUAUCAUUCGUUGCGUAAGAUGGAAGACUGGGUUAGGGAUUAGGAUACUCGAGUCUUGGAGUUUGACGCUAUUUGAUUGCAAUUUCAGCUCAAUAUGGAUACUUAUGAAUUUGAAUUUAGCAUUAGAUAGAAAUUUUGAAUAUAAAUAUUCGAGAACAAUG